AUGAUGAACAGAAAUUUUGCCGAUGAACAAGACCUUUCUAACUGGGAUCUCGAUGUUAACGGGGGUUUUCUAUUAGCGAUGGCGAAUGAUGUGGAUGAACUGUUUAAUUUUACAACCGAUUUGAUUAGAAUAACCGAAGAAGCUGUAGAAGAACAGUUAGAUAAUGAAUUUUAUGAAGAUGAACUGUUUGACUUUUUAAACGAUUUUGAUGAAGAAGAGGAAGACAAUGAUUCUGAUGAUGACAUACGCAUUGCGUGUGAACAGGCUGUAUUUGAAAUUCAGAGACAUGGACGUUUAGGUUUAGGAAAACAUAGUAAAUUAAUAAAUAAAGAAGAUAAUUACAACGCGAGACGACAGCACAGCCAAGGUAAAUUUAAGAAAAUGAUGUUUGAAGAUAAUGAUGAGGAGGAAGACGUAAAAAGCGAAGAUGAUAAUAACGACAAUAGACGGCAACAUGAUCUAGGUCAACAUAAGAAGAUGGUGUAUGAAAGUGAACAGGAAAACGAUGAAAACUACCCCGACGAUGAAGACAUUAUACCUGAUCGCGGUGCUAAGAGAAUGCGAGAUACUGAAUCAGAGGAUGGCGACGAGGACGAUGAAAAGGAUUUCAACGAAAUGGAUGAAACGGGGGUUCACCAUCCUAACUUAUGCGUCCUUCAAAAAAGCUGUCUAAACUGUAUUAACGAUGAUAAAGAUUCUGAUCAAUGCGAAAUUUGCGAGGAUAAAACCAAAAUUUUCUACGGCGAGGAUUCAUGCUAUCAAUUUUGCGAAUACUUAUUUAAACAGUAUCCGUAUAACCAAAAUGUUACAUGUAUUGCUCAUAAUUUCCAAGGGUAUGAUAGUUACUUUAUCAUGCAAUACUUACACUCUUACGGUGUUAUUCCGGAAGUUGUUUCUAGGGGCGGAAAAUUAAUUUCGAUCAAAGUUAAGGAUACAUCGAUUCGAUUUAUUGAUUCGCUUUCUUUCCUUCCUAUGCCCCUAUCAAAAUUACCUAAAACGUUCGGUAUCAAAGAAUUAAAGAAGGGAUACUUUCCCCAUAGGUUCAAUACGAUCGAAAAUAAAGAUUAUGUGGGCUAUUACCCCGAUGUAUCUAUGUACGAUCCCGAUAAGAUGUCAGAAUCGGCCAGGGGUGAUUUCCUUGCUUGGUACAAUCAGAAACAAAACGAAGUAUUUAACCUCAGACAAGAACUCAUUGAUUACUGCAUAAGUGACGUAGACAUUUUAAGGCGAUGUUGUUUAUCGUUUAGACAUAUUUUUAAGCAAGUUACCACGCUUAACGAUGGUAAGGAUAAAGAAGGAGUAGAUCCAUUCUCUAACGGUUUAAUUACCAUAGCUUCAGCCUGCAAUUAUGUGUUUGCUAGGAAUUUUUUACAACCAAACACUAUAGCUAUAUUCCCACCUUCGGGUUAUCAGACUAUAGAUAAUCAUUCAUUUGCUAGUAUGGAAUGGUUAAGUUACGAGUCAAAACAAAGGGGAAUACAUAUUAAUCACGCACGUAACGGGGGCGAGCAACGACUUGGACCGUGUAGAGUCGAUGGGGCAUCUUUAGAACCCAAAAUUAUAUUUGAAUUUAUGGGAUGUCUAUUCCACGGGUGCCCUAAAUGCUAUCGACCCGAUUCUAAGAAUCCCUUCACUGAUGUAAAUAUGUCCGAUACCUAUCUAAAAACGCUACAAAAAUCUGAGUUCCUAAAGGAAAAUUUCCCCGAGUUUGAAUACGUAGAAAUAUGGGAACAUGAAUGGAAGGAAAUUAAGAGAUCGUUAACUCCCAUUGAGAAACAAGAGGUACUUGAUGUUCCUUUCAUUCACCCUACCAUUAAUCCACGAGACGCUUUCUUUGGGGGAAGAACAAACGCCGCGCGAUUAUUUUACGAAGUUAAUAGUAACGAAGAAAUUCAUUACGUUGAUUUCACUAGCCUAUAUCCGUAUAGUAAUAAAUACGGAACAUAUCCUGUUGGCCACCCCGAGAUUUUGGCAUCCAAAAAUAUGUCAACGGAUAUAAAUGAUUAUUUCGGCCUAGUUAAAUGCAUAGUAGACCCGCCUAAAAAUUUGCUUCAUCCCGUUCUUCCGUAUCGGAACAGCGGGAAACUUAUGUUUCCCUUAUGCCGAACUUGCGUUGAAAUGCAAUGCCAAAAUACAUGUACGCAUUCUGUUGACGAAAGGGCUUUAACUGGUACAUGGGUUACCACUGAAGUUCAGAAAGCAGUAGACAUGGGGUAUAAAAUUACCAAGGUACAUGUUGCUUGGCACUUCCCCCAAAGAAGCGUCUAUGAUUGUACUAACCCCUCAGCCGGUUUAUUCACCGAAUACAUUAACACGUUUUUAAAGUUAAAACAAGAGGCUUCAUGGUGGCCUGAAUGGUGCGUUACCGAUGGAUUACGAUCCCUCGCCAAACUUAUGUUGAAUUCUUUUUGGGGAAAGUUUGGCCAAAGAGAAAAUAAAACUAAAACCAUAUUCUGCAGUGACCCUAACGAAGUGUAUGAUUUACUUUCCAAUCCCGAAGUUAUUGUGAGCGAUAUAAACUUAAUAAAUGAUAAUUUAGCUGAAGUGAAAUACGAGAGUGAAGAACAAAGCGUUACUGUAAGUAGGAAAGUGAACGUUGUUAUCGCCGCUUUCACAACCGCUACCGCUAGACUUAAGUUAUACGAUUUGCUAGAAAAGUUACAGGAUCGUGUACUUUACUAUGACACCGAUUCAUACUAA